AUGGCGAUUUGCUGCACGUUACUUAUUAUUAUACGAAUACUACUCACCGACGCAGCAUCGACGAUACCAGGGACAUGGAUAAACGUCGGUUUACAACACUUCCCUCAACUCGAGACCGCUCAAAUGUUAGAGACCUAUGACGUAGCAGCGUCCAGUGUGUGCCAUGGACUGAAGGGUCUCUCGCAAGGCCAAGGGAAGCUAUGUCAACUGUCUGUGGAUCACAUGCCGAGUGUAGCUAAAGGAGCAAAAUUUGGUAUCCUCGAGUGUCAACAUCAAUUUCGUGAUCGCAGGUGGAAUUGCUCGACCGUUCGUGACGAGUCUGUGUUUGGACCUAUACUUAGAAUCGCCAGCAGGGAGACUGCAUUCGUUCACGCAAUCACAGCCGCUGGAGUAGUUUACGCGAUCAGCCGAUCCUGUAGAGAUGGCCAGUUAUCAUCCUGUGGCUGUUCCAGAAGUAGCAGACCCAGAGAUCUAGAUCGCGAUUGGAUUUGGGGCGGCUGUGGGGACAAUCUCGAAUACGGUUACAAGUUUACACAGGCAUUUGUUGAUGUAAGAGAACGCGAACGCAGCUUCAAAAGAGGUAGCAGAGAACAAGGCAGGAGCCUAAUGAAUCUUCAUAACAAUGAGGCUGGUCGUAGGGCUAUUAUUAAAAGGUCUAAGGUGACAUGUAAGUGUCACGGAGUUUCAGGAAGCUGCAGUUUGAUUACUUGCUGGCAGCAACUAGCAUCGUUUCGAGAAAUUGGUGAUUUCCUUUUAGAUAAAUAUGAUGGUGCAACAGAAGUUAGAGUAAACAGACGCGGUCGUCUAUCAAUGAGAGACCCACGAUUUUCAUUACCCACAGCAAAUGAUUUGGUUUAUUUGGAUGAUUCGCCAAAUUAUUGUCUUCAUAAUGAAACAUUUGGAUCUUUAGGUACACAUGGCAGAAUUUGCAACAGAACAUCAUCUGGUAUGGAUGGAUGUAAUCUACUUUGUUGUGGUAGGGGCUACAACACACAAAAAUCGACUAUCAGGGAAAGAUGUGAAUGCAAAUUUCAUUGGUGUUGUUUUGUUGAAUGUAAAACUUGUGUUAAAAGCAUAGAUAUUCACACUUGCAAAUAA